CGUCGCGGGGCUGUCCAAGAUGGCGUACGGCCUGUGGGUUCUGAGGAGAAGGAAGAGGCGCGUUCACCUGUAGCCCGGAGCCGAGGCAGGGCGCAGUCUGGUUCUUUGGGCCCGCCCUGCGAGGCCUCUCCUUUUCGGCCGCCUUCUCCGGGGACUCCGCUGGGCAGCUGCGGGGCGGCUUUUCCAUGUGAGUCCCGCGAAGGGUGAUGGUGUGGCCGGACGGCGCCCGCAGUUCCUAAAAGCGGCGGCGACCCCUCGUUCUCGAGCGAUGGCUUUGCGGGAGCUGAAAGUUUGCCUCCUUGGGGACACAGGUGUGGGCAAAUCAAGCAUUGUAUGGCGCUUUGUAGAAGACAGCUUCGAUCCAAACAUCAAUCCAACAAUUGGAGCAUCUUUUAUGACCAAGACGGUGCAGUAUCAGAAUGAAUUACAUAAAUUCCUAAUAUGGGAUACAGCAGGACAAGAACGAUUUCGUGCUCUGGCACCAAUGUAUUAUCGAGGGUCUGCAGCAGCUAUUAUAGUCUAUGAUAUUACAAAAGAGGAAACAUUUUCAACAUUAAAAAACUGGGUAAAAGAACUCCGCCAGCAUGGACCGCCCAAUAUUGUUGUAGCAAUUGCUGGAAAUAAGUGUGAUCUUAAUGAUGUAAGAGAAGUUAUCGAAAAAGAUGCUAAAGACUAUGCAGAUUCCAUCCAUGCAAUAUUUGUAGAGACUAGUGCAAAAAAUGCAAUAAACAUAAAUGAACUGUUUAUAGAAAUAAGUCGUAGAAUUCCAUCAACAGAUACCAACCCUCCAUCUAUUGGUAAGGGCUUCAAACUUAGGAGACAGCCUUCUGUGACAAAACGCAGCUGUUGUUGAUGCUGAGACCCACCAAGCUAGCUUUUAUAAAGUAUUUGGCCUUAAACAUUAAGGGUUUAUUUUGAGUAUCUAUUACUGAUACUGGAUCCUGAUCUCCCUGAUAUUCAAAGACCCCCAACAUGGACCAUUUCUGGUAUUCUUACAUACGUUCCGUGGGGAUCAUGCUGUCAGACUGUUUCCAUGUGUGCAGUGUACAGACUACUCUCUUACAGUCAAAGGAAAAUCACCUUUCAUUCUGCUUUAACCUUUGAAGAGGAGGGUCCAAUGUACAGAUUAUAAGCCUUGAUAUUUCAUAGUUUUGUAGAAAAACAUUGCCAUGCUUUUGUAAUUGGGGAAAUGAAACUAGCACUUUUUGUGGAUUUUGGAGGGAGUGGGCUAGAAAGUAGGGAAAGAAAAGUUUGGCUUGGUUUUAGUGCCAUUCUGCACUCCUCCUUGCUGUUACUAUAAGCCUUAACAUUUUCAUUGUUGCUUCUUCGAAGACUAGAAAGAACAGAUGAUUGAUGUGGCUACCAGAAUAAUGAUACUGAUAAGAGUGACCAAAUCAGCCCAUUCAGUACCCAAUCUUAAAUUGCACUUUUUAUUUUCUGAUAUUAUUAUAGAAAUAUAAAUAAGAACUUUGCUUUUAAGCAAAAAAAAAAAAUAGGGAAAGUGUAGCCUUAGACAAUCUUAGCUCAUUAUAUUUAAUUAUUUUAUAGUUAAAUAGACAUAGAUUCUUCUUAAUAGACUUCCAGUUAAGAUCCUAGUAAGAAGCUUAGAUGAAAUAAGUGAAAAUUUGACCACAACUGACAGGUAUCAGUUGCUGUCAGUAGCCUUAGAGCAAGCAUGUUAGGUGGGAUAUAUUUCUAAUUGCUUAGCAUAAACCAUUUUAUACUUAUUUAUGAAACCUGUGUCUGAAGUAAUAUAAAUUAUGAAAGUGCCAUUGCUAAAGUUAGGAUUCUUGUUUAUUUCUCUCUCUCAUUCAUGAGAUGGAUUAUGAGAGAAAGUCCUACAAACAAUUGCCGGGAAUUCCAGCCUGAGCAUGGGGCCUUAAAUCAGUUGGCAUCCUCUAGAAUAUUACUGGGAAAGAUUUCCCUCACUAUCCAGUAGAGGUUGCUGCUAGUGUACUUUGAGGCUUUCUUUGGGAACAAAUAAUCCAGAAAUGGCAUUCAGAACUAACUGUCUGGGACAGUGUAGAUGUUGCUUCCAUGUAGUUGAACUCAUCUCGUUAUACCCUCUUUUAAACAGAUUAUUUCUUAGCUUUGGUUGUGCUUUCCAUUUAUUUUAAACUAUACAUUAAUCUUGCCCCAUCACAUUAUUUCUCAUCAUUUAUUUUUGUUGUAAAUAGAGAGCAAGCAUACCUCAUGUUUUUUCUCUUUAAAAUAUAGGCAGGUAAACUCAUUGUGUGUAAAAUAAUUUAUAAGGCUUUGAUAUUUCCUAUUCACUGGAACAUAUCUGGUGGCUUGCUCUUAAUUUGCCACUUAAAAGGGAUUUGCAAAGGUUACGUUGGAAAUAGAGUUUAUACUUUUAUAUUCUAUACCAUAUAAUUCAGCAUUCUUGGGAAAUAUUAUUGUUAACCAAUGCAAUUGGAAGCAUUGAGUCAAGAUAAAUUUCAGCCCAUAUGAAUUUGUCUAAGAGUUCAAAAUUCUAAUUUUGCAGUAUGUUGUAUGUUUUAUUAGAAGUUUCUCUGAAAAGAAAAAGACAAUUAUGGAGUAUUUGGCAUUCCCGCUAAUCAAAUCUGUACAUUAAUAAUGAAAUGUAUUGUGCAUUCCAUAUCUUUCCAUGUUUAUGUCAUUGGUUUGCUCUGAGGUUUACUUUCAAGAAUCAGCUGAGGACAUUAUGCCAUCUAGUCCAAAGAGCCAUAUACUGGCAAUAAUUAUUUAGAAUUUAUUGUAGCUUGGAGAGAUUGGCAUUAUAAGUCCAAUAGCUUUGACUGUUCACUGUUUUAUCAAGGAUACAAUGUUUGUCCAGCAGCAUAUGUGGAACUGAAUGUGUGAAAGAAAGAUGUCAGGGACGUAUUUACUGGGAUGUUUUCAAGGCAGUUUGCUCAGUACAUUAAACUGAAGUCUGAAUAAGGAUCUUUUCCAAGACUUUAAUUAGGCUUCAGCAAGAACCUAGCUGUCAGUUCCUUCUAUGCUAGCAUUGGACCAUGCCUGAGAAAUUCCCUCAAAACUCUUGUGCUGUUUCAGAGACCUAACAUGGGGUGAGGAAAGCAAAAAUUCCUGGUAAACACAUUUAGGACCUUGAGUGCUUAAAAGGACUUUUAAGAUUCAACCUCAUGUUAGUUAAAAACCCUUCUAAUGAAUUGGAGAUAAUUAGGCUGCUUCUGUACCAACAUAUAAAUAGAAACAUAGACUGCACUGUUGAUGUUACCUAGUUUGGGUAAACAGUGUCUGCAAGAAAACAACCAAGUUCAGAGAGCACCAAGGACCCCUCAUUUCAAGCCUGAGCUACAAAUAUUCUCCUCUAUUAGAUAAAUCAUUGUCCUCCAGUGCAGCCUUGUUUAGAUAUAAUAUUGGAAUGCCAGUGCUUAUAUGCUUGUCCAAACUGUUAUUAAAACUUCUUCACAUGGCCGUUUUAUAAUCA